GGUUGUCAGAACCACCACCCAAAACAUCGACCUGACGUCAUUUUCACUCCCAGAUUCAACGCAGAGACUGCUGGGAAGAAAGGUUAAGGAGCCCUAGCUGUGAUGGAGGAGCAGGAGACGGAGAAUUUACCGUUUGUAUGCUGGCUAAACAGUUUCGGUGUAACUGUUUCUACAAGCCUGCUAUGCAACCUCUAUCAGUGACCUGACUGUUGUGCUACCUUUGCACUAGAAGUAUUGUGAUAUCGUAAGGUAAUAUUGCCCCUUUGUUAGGAGAUCUCGGUAGCUAACGUUAGCUAGGUUGGCUAGCUAGCAGCUGCAUUGUUAUUGUUUUGGUCGCGGCUGCUCUUUAUUUGGUAGACAAAUAAACACGAUUCUCCGACUUUCCCCAGCCGAGGCAGGGGAUCCGACUGCCUGAGUAAUGUUUCUCUGUUUGUCCCGGGAAGAUGGAUGAAAAGUCCAGCAGUAACCAUCGGUUCCUGAUCGUCCUGCUUAUGGUGUUGCUCUUUGGCGUCAUUGUCAUUCAGUAUGUUUGCCCAAGUAGGUCCGAGUGCCAGCUGUUGCACCUGGGAUCCUUGUUCAGGUCGGGAGGCACUGGCAGUGCCACCGGGUCCCGAACCGGUGCUGGGAACGAAAUCCGAGACGGACUUUCAAAAGAUCCGUAUAUUGCAGAGGACGGCGCUCUGGUCCGCUUUGUUCCUCGUUUCAACUUCACAAAAGCGGACUUAAACCGCGCUGUUGACUUUAAUAUCAAAGGUGACGAUGUCAUAGUUUUUCUACACAUUCAAAAAACGGGGGGCACGACAUUCGGUCGUCAUUUGGUGCGCAAUAUUCAACUGGAGAGGCCUUGUGAGUGUCACGCAGGGCAGAAGAAAUGUACCUGUUACCGACCAGGUAAAAAAGAAACGUGGCUCUUCUCCCGUUUCUCCACCGGCUGGAGCUGUGGCCUUCACGCGGACUGGACCGAGCUGACCAGCUGUGUCCCAUCUGUCAUGGACACGCGGGACACCCCCCCAAACCUGCCAAGGUUGGUGAAAGAAGUGAACUAUUACUAUAUAACCAUCUUGCGGGACCCAGUGUGGCGCUAUCUGAGCGAGUGGCGACAUGUGCAACGUGGUGCCACGUGGAAGGCCUCUCUCCAUGUGUGUGAUGGACGUGCACCCACGCUGUCUGAGCUGCCCAGCUGCUACUCAGGAGAUGACUGGUCAGGUUGCUCCCUGCAGGACUUCAUGGACUGCCCCUACAACCUGGCCAACAACCGGCAGACCCGCAUGCUGGCUGACCUCAGCCUUGUGGGCUGCUACAACGUCUCUGCUAUGAACGAGGAAGAGCGCUGGGCCGUACUUCUGGAGAGUGCCAAACGUAACCUGCGUGGCAUGGCCUUCUUUGGGCUGACUGAGUAUCAGCGGAAGACCCAAUACCUGUUCGAGCGCACCUUUAACUUAGAGUUCAUUGCACCCUUCACACAGCUCAAUGGCACGCGAGCCACCAGCGUGGAGGUACCUCCCGAGACGCAGCACAGGAUUCGGCAGCUGAACAGGUGGGAUGUGGAGCUGUACGAGUACGCCCGGGAUCUCUUCCUGCAGCGCUUCCAGGUGGCAAGACAGCAAGAGCGCCGGCAGGCCAGGGAGAGGCGUCAACAGGAGAGGAGGCGGCUCCGUGGAAGGCUUGCACCGAGGCUAGGGAGACCACCAAAGCCCACAGAAACGCUCCAUCGGCCUGAGAGCCCCCCUGUCCCGACUGAGGGGAGGAGGUGGGGGAAGACAGAUGGAGAGGCUGUGGAGUCUGAAUUGUUGCUCCCAGAUUGGUGGGAUCUGGAGGAGAAUGACACCGUGGAGGAUUACAUUGACAUUGUAGAACAGUGGUAGUGGGAGUUUGGUGGCUAUGGUGUGUCUUAAAAGGUUCUGUGUGCCAGAUUUGCCUUGUCUAUUGCCAAUAAAAGGUCACCAGUUGCCGUUAGCAUAAGCCUUCCAUUGAAAUUAUUAUUUUGCCAAUCAUGAACAAUUUUAAUCAACGCACAUUUAUUUAUUGAUGUUGUUUGUAUUUGUUUGUCACAAUUUAAGUUUAUAAUCAAUUAAUUUCUUUGAUAGAAAGUAAAGGUCCCCAUAACUCUCCACAAUCACAUAAGCCUUCCAGGAUAUUCUUAUCACUUUGGCUCAGAUCUGAACUCUUCUAAUGUAGCAUAUUGUAAAUGGGGCUUUUUUUUCUUAUAAAUGAAAUGAUAUGGUACUUGACUGAACAAGAAAAUAUAUGCUCUAAAUUUGAAAUACACUACUAUGUGUCAUUAACUAUGUGUAUGUUGGCCGUAUUCAUUUGUAUGGAAUAGCCUACACUUAAACAGUGUGCUUAAGUCUUGUGAAGUGAUUGUGUAUAACCAUGGAAAAGGAGAAUGGAGUUUAGAUACUUACCUCAAUAUGUAGCAUACUUGCAAACGUCAUGUGUUUACUGAAUGUGUCCCAAGUCUCCUGUUUUAUAUAAAAAAUACUUUUACAUUUACCGAA